UUUUCCUCCUCCUGUGACAGCGAGAUCUUUCGAGAUCUUCCAGGGUUCCAUUCAUCUUCCCGUGCAGGAGUGUAGUGCGGCCGCUCUGCCGUCUUCCCCUCCCCGUGUUGUGCGCUACCGGUUCCCCCAGCUGCAGUCAUGUCUGUGGUGGGCUUCGACCUGGGCUUCCAGAGCUGCUACGUCGCGGUUGCAAGAGCCGGAGGGAUUGAGACUGUGGCCAAUGAGUACAGCGACCGCAGUACCCCGUCAUGCAUUUCAUUUGGUCCUAAAAACCGAUCUGUUGGAGCAGCCGCAAAAAGCCAAGUCAUUUCCAAUGCAAAGAAUACACUGCAAGGCUUUAAAAGGUUUCAUGGGCGAGCCUACACGGACCCAUUUGUGCAGGCUGAGAAGCCUGGUUUGGCCUGCGAGCUUGUUGAGCUGCCAACAGGCUCCACUGGUAUCAAGGUCAUGUAUUUGGAGGAGGAGAGAAGCUUUACUACUGAGCAGGUGUCUGCCAUGCUACUGACCAAACUUAAAGAAACAGCAGAAAGUGCAUUGAAGAAGCCUGUAGUAGACUGUGUUGUUGCAGUUCCAUGCUUCUUCACUGAUGCGGAGAGGAGGUCUGUAAUGGAUGCCACACAGAUCGCUGGGCUCAACUGUCUACGACUAAUUAAUGAAACUACUGCAGUGGCACUUGCAUAUGGAAUCUAUAAACAAGAUUUACCUGCACCAGAAGAAAAGCCAAGGAUUGUGGUUUUUGUGGACCUGGGACAUUCUGCAUAUCAAGUCUCUGUGUGUGCUUUUAACAAAGGAAAACUUAAAGUGCUAGCUACUGCCUUUGACCCAUAUGUUGGUGGAAGGAAAUUUGAUGAUGUUCUGGUUGGCUAUUUCUGUGAAGAAUUUGGCAAGAAAUAUAAACUGGAUAUCAAGUCUAAUAUUAGGCCUUUACUGCGACUCGCUCAGGAGUGUGAAAAGCUCAAGAAAUUGAUGAGUGCAAAUGCUUCAGAUCUGCCUCUAAAUAUUGAAUGUUUUAUGAAUGAUAUUGAUGUCUCCGGAAAAAUGAACAGGGGUCACUUUGAAGAAAUGUGUGAUAGCCUUUUGUCGCGAAUUGAAGGCCCUCUGCGCAGCAUCUUAGAGCAAACCAAGCUCAAGAAAGAAGAUAUUCAUGCAGUCGAGAUAGUUGGGGGUGCUACACGUAUCCCAGCAGUUAAAGAACGAAUAAUACGCUUCUUUGGUAAAGAAAUCAGCACAACGUUGAAUGCUGAUGAAGCUGUAGCCAGGGGCGCUGCAUUGCAGUGUGCCAUUUUAUCCCCAGCCUUUAAAGUUCGAGAGUUUUCAAUUACUGAUCUUGUACCUUACCCAAUAUCACUGAAAUGGAAUUCUCCAGCAGAGGAAGGUCUUAGCGAUUGUGAGGUGUUUCCCAAGAAUCAUGCAGCUCCCUUCUCCAAAGUGCUUACCUUUUACAGAAAAGAACCUUUCACUUUGGAUGCUUACUAUAGUGCACCCAAAGAACUGCCCUAUCCAGACCCCUCUUUAGGUCAGUUCCAAGUACAUAAGGUUACCCCUCAAGCUGAUGGCUCCAGUUCCAAAGUGAAGGUGAAAGUCCGCGUAAACGUCCAUGGUAUAUUUAGUGUUUCUAGUGCGUCUCUUGUUGAAGUCCAUAAAACGGAUGAGUCUGAGGAACCUAUGGAAACUGACCAGACUGCAAAAGAGGAGGAGAAAAUGCAAGUUGAUCUAGAGGAGUCCAAACAAGAAGAAGCUCAGCCCACACAAGCAGAAACCAAAUCUAAUCCUGAAGAAAUGGAGACUGCACAAGCAACACCUAAAGACAAGAAGACGGAUCAACCUCCACAAGCCAAAAAGGCUAAAGUGAAAACUAGCACAAUUGAAUUGCCUAUUGAUCAUUACCCUCCAUGGCAGUUAGGACGGGAUACGUUGAACUUGUUUCUGGAAAAUGAGGGAAAGAUGGUCAUGCAGGAUAAACUUGAGAAGGAGCGAAUUGAUGCCAAAAAUGCAGUUGAAGAAUAUGUAUAUGAGAUGAGGGACAAGCUGUGUGGCAUUUAUGAGAAAUUUGUCAAUGAAGAUGACAGAAACAGUUUCAUCCUGAAGCUUGAAGAUACAGAGAAUUGGCUGUAUGAAGAUGGAGAGGAUCAGCCAAAACAAGUGUAUAUAGACAAGUUAACAGACUUAAAGAACUUGGGCCACCCUAUUCAAGCACGUUACCUAGAGUUUGAAGAAAGACCAAAGUCCUUUGAUGAGCUUGGGAAACAAAUUCAGCUUUAUAUGAAAGUUAUUCAUGCCUUCAAAAACAAGGAGGAGGCAUACGACCAUCUGGACCCCACUGAUGUGGACAAAGUCGAAAAGAGUAUAAAUGAAGCCAUGGAGUGGAUGAACAACAAAAUGAAUCUACAGAUGAAGCAGAAUCUUACUGCAGAUCCUGUAGUUAAAACGAAAGAUAUUCAAGCUAAAACAAAAGAAUUGAUGAGCACAUGUAACCCCAUAGUGUCAAAACCGAAACCCAAGGUGGAGCCCCCGAAAGAGGAGCAGCAAGCAGGAGAGCAGAAUGGACCAGUAGAAAAUAACACAAAUGGCCAAGGGCCACAGGCUACAGAUCAGAGUUCAGAUUCAGCUGCCUCUGAGGCAGAAAAAAAACUCCCAGAGAUGGACAUUGAAUAAAUUCCAUUAUCUAUUUCUAUUAUAAAACAGUAUAACAAAGCUUUAAGUUGUUACCUUCAUACAGCUCAAAAUACCGAUCAGAGAAAAGUGAUGACUGCAAAUUACUUGUAGUUUCUUAGUCUGCCCCUGUAUUUCCUGCAUUUUCUACACCCUUUGACAUAUGUAUUGUUUUGAUGUCCAUUUCCUUUUCUUUUUUUAAUUUUGUUUCUUUGCAGCAAUUCCUCAUUGUUGCAGUUUUAGCAAUGGCUGUAACUUGCACAAUUCACCUAGUAGGCUUUUGUCUGGCAUUAAGCCAGGUUUGUAGCUUACUUGAGUAGUAUUCAAGGUCUACAAAUGUCUAAAUUGCUUGGAAAAAGCACUUGCCCCAAUUAUACCAACAUCUUUUGUGUUUCUUAGCAGAUUUUAAAGUCCUUGAUUUGCAUCUUUUUCUGUGCACUGCAUUUCCGCCCCCUGGCAGCUGGUUAUUGGUAAGAAGCUCAUCCUUUUUGCAUGGAAGCCUGGUUGCUUCAUGGGGCUACCAAUGAAAUGGGAGUGUUGAAACCCAGCACUAGCCACUGUCUUUAUUUUUCCUAAAGCGCUGGACUAGCUUUAUCCAUUGGAUAUUCUGUUUUCCAUAUGUUUUGUGUAAAGAUAUAACCUAUGUAUUUCUAGAAGCAGUAUACUAUCCAUGAUGGAGCGCUAAUGAAUCCAGUGAGGUAAUGGUUGGCUUUCCAUUAUAUCAGAAAAUUGAGCUUUUACAGAAGGUAGUCCUUAUUCGAAAGUUUAAAUACCGCACAAGGCCAAGAACCAUCCUUUGUAGUACUGUUGAAUCUCCAAAAACUCUGUGCAUUACCUACCCCAUCUUGCCUAUAGAAGAGCCCUGAGUCAAUUGCUGUGGAAAUGAGAGCUAAUGUUAAUGGUCAUCACUUGAUGGGUGCAGGUGGAUUCAUUUGCACCAAGAUGCAAUGCAGCUUGUAUGUCAAUCAUCCUUCAUGUUAUUUUAAACAUGAGACAAGUGUUCAGUAUUUGUUUUGUGAUAUUCAUUUCUAGUAACCAUAUUGAUCCCAGAAGAAAACUGGAUUCUCUUUUCAGUACGUGCUAAUUGUGCUGUAAUGUUAUACACAAGGCAUCCCAGACUUUUUGGAAUUCUUGUGUACAACACUCUAGCAAAAUUAGGGUUAAUGAGAGUUCAUAUUGCAUAGAAAACACAUGAUUUUUUUUUUUUUUUUCUUUUUAUUGUGUUGUUAUAACCAGAACUCUUGACACCUAUAGCAGUUCCUGUCUGACAAUAAAUUUGCUGGGUUGCAACAUGU